GAACCAAGUGCUAAAGAUAGCGAGGGAGCCUCGGAGGGUAUAUAAGGGCUGCGACUCUAUCUCCCUUCACCAGUGUGUCUCAAGCCUCAGACAUGACCAGAGUCCUCGUCCAGGUCCUCCUGCUGGGGCUCGUCAGCCUCGCCCUCCUACACCCAGGUGUGGAGGCUCAGAUGUGUGACACGAUCACCAUCAUGACGGAGACACAGAACAGCUACGAUGGUAACUUCACCUCCGAGACCCUGGUUCCUCUUAACGGUCUCGACGUCGUCAUCACCUUCGACAGCCCUCUGAACGGCUUGUCUUUCUGGGACGGAGGAGUGGAGAAGAUUGACGACACUCACUUCAGAAUCACGAACCAGAAGUUCUUCGAGACUGGCGGGUAUGUGAGCAUCCACUUCCAGGCCCAGUACGACGAGGGCACCCACCCGAACGUCGUCUCUGUCCUCCUUAACGGCCAAGAAGCGUGUGAUGGACUCUUUUUCACGACCGAGUUCCCCUUCACCAACCCGUGUCCGGCCACCGGCAUGGGGAGAUACGACUACGCGCAGGCCCUGUGCAUGUCCAUCCUGUUCUACGAGGCUCAGCGCUCAGGUCACCUGCCCGAGGACCAGCGCGUCACCCCCUGGAGGUGGGACUCCGCCUUGGACGAUGGUUCUGAUGUUGGCCACGACCUUACUGGAGGCUACUACGACGCUGGAGAUCACGUCAAGUUCGGCUUCCCGAUGGCCUACACCGCCACAGUGCUGGCCUGGGGCCUCCUCGACUUCCCUCAAGGAUACGCCGCCGCUGGUCAGACGGAGUACGGGCGUGCAGCUGUCAAGUGGGCCACCGACUACUUCCUCAAGGCCCACACUGCUGAGUACGAACUGUACGGCCAGGUUGGUGCAGGAAACACUGAUCACAGCUACUGGGGUCGACCUGAGGACAUGCACAUGGAGCGACCUUCCAUGAAGAUUGACUCGAGCGCCCCAGGUAGUGACCUGGCUGGGGAGACAGCAGCCGCCCUCGCUGCCGCCUCCAUCGUCUUCAAGGAUGUUGACUCAGCCUACUCGGCCGAACUUUUAAGCUCGGCCAAGGAGCUCUAUGCCUUCGCCGACGAGUACCGUCUUGAGUACCACAAUUCCAUCACAGACGCUGCUGCCUUCUACAGGUCGUGGAGUGGGUACGGGGACGAGUUGCUGUGGGGGGCGCUGUGGCUGUACCGCGCCACAGGAGACGACACCUACCUCACCAAGGCUCAGGCGGCCUGGGACGACUUCUCGCUGGGGGAAGGCGCCCUCCAGUUCUCCUGGGACGACAAGAAGGCCGGCGCUUACGCGCUGGGGUCACUGGUCGACCCCAGCAACACCAAGUACGCGGACGCCCUCAAGGCGUUCCUGACUUACCUGAAGAACGACGCCCAGUACACACCUGGAGGCCUGGUCUUCCUGGACCCUUGGGGCUCGAACCGUCACGCUGCCAACGUCGCCUUCAUCUCCCUCUGGGCGGCCAAGUACGGAGACCCAGCUGACGCUGCGGCCAACAGGGAGUGGGCUGACGGUCAACUUGGCUACAUCCUGGGUGACUUCGGUCACUCCUUCGUCGUGGGCUUCGGUGUAGACCCGCCCACACGCCCCCACCACCGCUCCAGCUCGUGUCCCAUUCCACCACAGUCGUGUCUGCACAACCAGUGGGGCCAGAACCAGCCAGGACCCAACCCACACACCCUCUACGGCGCCCUCGUCGGCGGCCCCGACCAGUCUGACGGUUACACUGACAGCCGCCAAGACUACCAGCACAACGAGGUCGCCUGCGACUACAACGCCGCCUUCAGUGGAGCUCUCGCCGCUAUGGUCGAGCUUCGAGGGAGCCUCGGAGGGUAUAUAAGGGCAGCGACUCUAUCUCCCGUCACCAGUGUGUCUCAAGCCUCAGACAUGACCAGAGUCCUCGUCCAGGUCCUCCUGCUGGGGCUCGUCAGCCUCGCCCUCCUACACCCAGGAGUGGAGGCUCAGAUGUGCGAGUCUGUCACUAUCAUGUUCGAGUCGCUAAACACUUAUGACGGCAACUUCACCUCCGUGACCCUGGUUCCUCUCAUUGGCCUCGACGUCCUCAUCACCUUCGACGCCGCCGUCAAGAACGUGGCUUUCUGGGAAGGUGGCGUUGAAAUGAUAGACAACACUCACUUUAGAAUCACAAGUCAAAAGUUCUUUGAGACGGGCUAUGUGAUGAUCCAUUUCCAGGCUAAUUACGACGAAGGCACCCGUCCAAACGUGAUCUCAUUCAUCGUGAAUGGCCAGGAGUCGUGCGAAAGAAUCGAGUACACUACAGAGUUCCCCUUCACCAACCCGUGUCCGGCCACCGGCAUGGGGAGAUACGACUACGCGCAGGCCCUGUGCAUGUCCAUCCUGUUCUACGAGGCUCAGCGCUCAGGUCACCUGCCCGAGGACCAGCGCGUCACCCCCUGGAGGUGGGACUCCGCCCUGGACGAUGGUUCUGAUGUUGGCCACGACCUUACUGGAGGCUACUACGACGCUGGAGAUCACGUCAAGUUCGGCUUCCCGAUGGCCUACACCGCCACAGUGCUGGCCUGGGGCCUCCUCGACUUCCCUCAAGGAUACGCCGCCGCUGGUCAGACGGAGUACGGGCGUGCAGCUGUCAAGUGGGCCACCGACUACUUCCUCAAGGCCCACACUGCUGAGUACGAACUGUACGGCCAGGUUGGUUCCGGAGAUAUUGACCACAGGUUCUGGGGUCGACCUGAGGACAUGUACAUGGAGCGACCUUCCAUGAAGAUUGACACGAGUGCCCCAGGUAGUGACCUGGCUGGGGAGACAGCAGCCGCCCUCGCUGCCGCCUCCAUCGUCUUCAAGGAUGUUGACUCGGCCUACUCGGCCGAGCUCCUGGACGUGGCCGAGGAGCUCUAUGCCUUCGCCGACGAGUACCGUCUUGAGUACCACAAUUCCAUCACCGACGCUGCAAACUUCUACAGGUCGUGGAGUGGGUACGGGGACGAGUUGCUGUGGGGGGCGCUGUGGCUGUACCGCGCCACAGGAGACGACACCUACCUCACCAAGGCUCAGGCGGCCUGGGACGACUUCUCGCUGGGGGAAGGCGCCCUCCAGUUCUCCUGGGACGACAAGAAGGCCGGCGCUUACGCGCUGGGGUCACUGGUCGACCCCAGCAACACCAAGUACGCGGACGCCCUCAAGGCGUUCCUGACUUACCUGAAGAACGACGCCCAGUACACACCUGGAGGCCUGGUCUUCCUGGACCCUUGGGGCUCGAACCGUCACGCUGCCAACGUCGCCUUCAUCUCCCUCUGGGCGGCCAAGUACGGAGACCCAGCUGACGCUGCGGCCAACAGGGAGUGGGCUGACGGUCAACUUGGCUACAUCCUGGGUGACUUCGGUCACUCCUUCGUCGUGGGCUUCGGUGUCGACCCGCCCACACGCCCCCACCACCGCUCCAGCUCGUGUCCCAUACCACCACAGUCUUGUCUGAACAACAACUGGGGCCAGAACCAUAUAUAUAUACAAGUGAUAACAGCACCUGUCAUCUCUGUGUUUCAGAGUGAUAACAGCAUCUCUGAUCUCUGUGUUUCAGAAGUGAUAACAGCACCUGUCAUCUCUGUGUUUCAGAGUGAUAACAGCAUCUCUGAUCUCUGUGUUUCAGAGUGA